AUGUAUCAACAUACCCUGGCCUUUGCCUUUGCUGUAAUGGAGAUCAACGAAAAUCCUCAGAUAUUACCCAAUCUCUCCCUGGGCUUCCACAUCUAUAAUAGCCACUUUGUUGCCAGUUGGACUUACCUUGCCUCACUGGAGCUCCUCUCCACAUGGACCAACUUCAUCCCUAACUACAAGUGUGAUAGUAAGGAUACUACUGUUGCAGUCAUUGGGGGACCUGAUUCAGAUGUCGGUUUCUUUAUGUCAACCAUUCUGAGCAUCUACAAGGUACCACAGUUCACUUAUGCUUCUGCUCCAGUAAUAAAUGACCAGACCCAGAGCAUUUUUUUCCAAAGGAUGUUCCCUAGUGGGGACCAUCAAUAUUUGGGGAUCCUACAGCUGCUGCUUCUUUUCAGGUGGACCUGGAUUGGAGUUAUUUUUGUAGAAGUUGACAAUGGAUUGAGAUUUGUACACAUGGUGCUGCCCAAGUUUUCUGAAAAAGGCAUCUGCUUUGAUUUUAUAGAAACUUUGCCUACACUGUAUUUUUCCUCUGACGUUGGUGAAAUGGUGGAUGGAUGGAUCAAUACGUACAAGGUGAUCAGCGACAGCACAGCCAACGUUGUGCUCUUACAUGGAGAAAUUCACACUAUGAUCUUUUUGAGAAUGUUCCCUCGUGUUUCAGAAUUUGAGAAUAUACCACUCAGGACCAAGAGUAAAGUCUGGAUUAUGACAGCCCAGAUGGAAUUCACCUCAGUUCCCUUUCUCAAAUACUUUGAAGUCGAUAUUAUUCAUGGUGCUCUAUUGGUUGCUCUUCAUUCAACUGAGGUGACAGGUUUUCAAACAUUUCUUAAAAGAAGAAACCCAAAAGUGGAAAGUAGAGAUGGCUUCAUCAAGGACUUUUGGCAACAGGCCUUUAACUGUCACUUCCCUCCUCCAGUUGGAGACAAAAUAGAUGAAAAUGUGUGCACUGGGGAGGAGAAGGUGGAGACUCUGCCUGGGUCGGUUUUUGAAACCACUAUGACUAGCCACAGCUACAGCCUCUACAGUGCAGUUUACACCAUGGCCCAUGCUUUGCAAUCCAUGGAUUCAUCCCAGUUCAAACCCAGAAUGAGAGCAGAGAGAAAGACAGGGCGGACCAUGAGUGAAAAGCCAUGGCAGCUCCACCACUAUUUAAGAAGACUCUCGUUUAACAAUAGUCUUGGGGAAACUUUUUCUUUUGAUGAAAAUGGGGAACUGAACGCUGGGUUCGAUAUUAUCAAUUGGGUGACGUUCCCAAAUCAGACCUUUCUUCGGGUCAAGGUGGGAAGCAUUGAUCCCUUUGCUCCAAACGACAAAGCCUUCUCCCUUUCUCUGGAUGCCAUUGAGUGGCCCAGGCCAUAUCAUAAGGAAACACCCUCGUCCUUGUGUAAUGAUCUUUGCCAUUUGGGUCGCAGGCGGACAAAGAAGGAAGGAAAACCUUUUUGCUGCUAUGACUGCCUUCCAUGCCCAGCUGGGGAGGUCUCAACCCAGAUGGACAUGGAUUCCUGCACCCCAUGUCCAGAAGAUCAUUAUCCAAACAAAGAGCAGGAUCACUGCAUUCCCAAAGACGUAAGUUUUCUGAGCUACAGAGAAGCUCUUGGGAUCAGCCUGACCGCUCUUGCUCUUUUCUUUGCUUGCACCACGGCUCUAGUGCUUUGGAUCUUCCUUAAGUACAAGGAAACACCCAUUGUCAAGGCCAACAAUCGGAACCUCACCUAUCUUCUGAUCAUUUCCCUCCUGCUCUCCUUCCUUUGCCCUUUGCUAUUCAUUGGUCAGCCAGACAAGGUGAGAUGUCUCCUUCGCCAAACCACUUUUGGCAUUAUCUUCUCAGUGGCAGUUUCUUGCAUUUUGGCCAAAACCAUCAUUGUAGUUCUGGCCUUUAUGGCCACUAAACCAGGCUCCAGGAUCAGGAAAUGGGUGGGGAAACCACUGGCCAACUCCAUCGUCCUCUCCUGUUCCCUUACUCAAGUCGUUAUUUGUGCAGUGUGGCUGGCAACCAUUCCCCCAUUCCCUGAUGCUGACAUGCACUCUCUGGCUGAAGAAAUUGUCCUGGAAUGCAAUGAGGGUUCAGCUAUCAUGUUCUACUGCAUGCUGGGCUUUAUGGGCUUCCUGGCCAUGACCAGCUUCUCUGUGGCUUUCCUAGGAAGAAAGUUACCAGACAAUUUCAAUGAAGCCAAGUUCAUCACCUUCAGCAUGAUGGUCUUCUGCAGUGUCUGGCUCUCCUUUGUUCCAACCUACUUGAGCACCAAGGGGAAAUAUGUGGUAGCUGCAGAGGUCUUCUCCAUCUUGGCUUCUAGUGCUGGGUUACUAGGCUGCAUUUUCCCUCCCAAAUGUUAUAUCAUUUUGAUCAGGCCUGAGCUGAAUGACAGGCAUCAGCUGAUGAGAAGAAGGAGUCAAUGA